AUGCUCAAGCAAUUUCUUAGCAAGAAGUCUCAAAAACCGCUAAAAUAUGAUUCGGAGAAGUCGAGUCGAGGCGACUCUUCACCUUCCACCAUUGAUUCGUCAUGCGCCCUUAGAACGGGCUGUUGGUCGCACAUUGAUGAAGAUUCCUUAGCACAAGCUAGCACCACAAAAGAAUCUUCAGUUCCAUUAUUUCUUUUGAUGAAUAUGACAGUUGGGAUUACUCAACCUUCCAUGCCAUUCAAGGAUGUUCCCAAUAAUGAUGAAAAGUUGAAUCUAUUCAUGAGUAAGUUGAGCCUUUGUUGUGUCACAUUUGAUUUUACAAACCCUAAUUGCAACAAAGACAUAAUGAUGCAAAGAGAUCUAAAGAGGAGAAUUUUGAUUGAACUUGUUGAUUUUGUGGGCUCGUAUGAUGGUAAUAACAAGUUUAAUGAAACUACCAUUCUCGCCAUGCGUGGAAUGUUUACCAUAAACCUAUUUAGGGUUUUUCCACCGAAUUAUAGUGACGAUGGCGAACCUAGAUUCGACUCGGCCUGGCCUCAUCUCCAAUUUGUUUACGAAUUAUUGCUUAAAUUCAUCACUUCACCGGGCCUAGAUGUAAAACUUGCGAAGAAAUACAUCGAUUAUUCAUUUAUAUUGAAGUUGCUCGAUUUAUUCGAAUCUGGAGAUCCAAGAGAAAGAGAUUGCUUGAAGACAAUUCUACAUAGGCUCUAUGGGAAAUUCACAAUGCAUAGAUCAUAUAUUCGAAAAUCAGUUAACAACAUAUUCUACAGUUUUGUGUAUGAGAAUGAGAAACACCGUGGGAUUGGUGAGUUGUUAGAGUUUUAUGGAAGUGUGAUUAGUGGGUUCACUUUGCCAUUGAAGGAGGAACACAAGAUAUUUUUGUGGAGAGUUUUGAUCCCAUUGCAUAAGCCAAAAUCUUUGGGAGUGUAUUUUCAGCAAUUAUCAUAUUGUAUAAUGCUAUUUAUAGAGAAAGAGCAAAAGUUAUCAAGCAUUGUGAUAAGGGGUUUGUUAAAAUAUUGGCCAAUAACAAAUAGCCAAAAGGAGGUGUUGUUCUUGGGUGAAAUUGAAGAAAUUUUGGAAUCAAUUCAUAUGGUAGAGUUCCAAAGGGUCAUGGUCCCAUUGUUUUGGCGAAUUGGGUGUUGCAUUAAUAGCUCACACUCUCAGGUAGCUGAAAAGAGUCUUUUGUUAUGGAACAAUGAGCGCAUUGCGAAUUUAAUUGCUCAAAACUGCCAAACAAUCCUACCUAUCAUAUUUCCAGCUUUAGAGAGAAAUAUUAAAAGCCACUGGAACUCAGAAGUUGUGACUUUAACUCAUAACAUUAGAAAGACUUUCUUGGACAUGGAUAAGAAGUUGUUCCUUUCUUGUCAUUCUCGACUCAAGGAGCAAAAGGUCAUUUUGAACUUAGAAGCUGAGAAGCGAAAGGAAGCUUGGAAACGACUAGACCAUGUAGCUAGUCUCAAGCAUCCUCUCAUUGGAAAUAAUAAUCAUAAUAAUUCUACUAUUUCUUCAUUUUCUCCUUCUAAGACCUCAUGA